UCUCUCUCUUGUAGGAUCUCGCUGUGACUGUCAUCGUGGCGGUCGAUAUCAACGCCUCAGUCGGUUCGAGUACUUUUUACCCCCCGAAUACUGUCGAUUCGUACGUUGGAGCGGCUGUCGGCGAGUUACCACGGAAGCGGAGGCGAAUCGGUUCUAUUCCAAGCCCGCGGCUGGCAGAGCUGCACGAUUACGCCGGCCAAAUCUUCCCGAACGCAGCUGGUGAACAACAGAAGGGAGGACAGAAACAACAGGCGCACGCCAUGGACAGCAGCGAUGGCGCUGCCGAUACUCCAGGCUCGACGGGGAGGGCUGCCGCCCCAGAGACAAAGCCUAAGAGGACGCGCAGUGGGUGUUUGACAUGCAGAGAGCGGCACUUGAAAUGCGACGAGGGUAAACCUGUCUGCAACAACUGCAAAAGAUCGAAUCGCCAAUGCAAGACCGGACUGAGGAUCAAUUGGAUAUACACCGAAAAGGCGACGCUGCCCUAUGAACCUCCGCGACCGCGCGAAUGGCAGGUCGCCUUUCAGGACGAUUCGAGGGAGAUUGCUAGCGAAUACAAAGGUGGCCAACAGAAGUACGAUGACUACGAUGCGGCGCAUGGAAAUUUCGGAGCGAUAGGCAACCAGGCAUACAUGAAUGCGCAUAAUAACAACAUGGGCCCCCCAUCGUCGUCAAUCGCACAGAAACCUCUUCCUUCUGUUUCCAGUAUGCUGCCCGAUCCGUAUCAAACAGACGCCCACAAUGCGGGAUAUGAGCCUCGCCACAACCGAGCGCCCUCCCACCAUCAUUCGAAUUCAUACCCUAAUGGCGCGUUUCCAGAAUCCACCGUUUCCGGUGCAAACACCACCUACUCUGCGUUGGAACGGUCAGUAUCGCCAUGUGAAAGUCGUCGCGACUAUCUUAACAGCCAAGACGAAGUCCUCUUCAUGCAAGUGUUCGUUGAAGAAGUAGGGUUAUGGAUGGACAGCAUGGAUCCACAGAAGCAUUUCUCACGGCUACUUCCCUUUCAAAGUCUUAGCGAGCCAAUGCUCCUGCACGCUUUCCUAGCUUGUGGUGCACGACAUAUGGCCUUGGUCAACCCCAAAUACAGCGAGGAUCAAGCGUUACAUUACUACGAUACGGCUACUCGCUACCUACUUGACUCUUUACAAAACCCCGAUCGAAACACUGUGAUAUGUGCGACCACGGCGGUCAUCCUCAACGUGUAUGAGAUCAUGUGUGAGCGAGCACUCCAGCGAAUGAACCAUAUCGCAGGCGCACGAGCGCUCAUCAAGGAAUGCGGCUGGAACGCAAAAUCAACGGGCAUCGGUGCUGCGUGCUUCUGGCUUAAUGUCGGCAUGGAACUCCUCAGCUGUCUCCACUUCAACUGGCAAGUCGCUUGGGAUCCGGAUGAUUGGGGCCUCGACAUGGACCUUCGUCGCAACGACGCCCGUGAAGAUGAGCCUGGGAACGAAGAGCUCUGGACGUAUCGCAUAGUCUAUGUCGUUGCGAAGGUGGCUAACUUCCGCGCCACUAUUCCUCGAAACCAUGACCCGAACAAUGCGCAAGACCAAAUGCGCGCCGCUGGGCGAGUCCAACAGUGGGAGACUCUAAAAGCCAUGGCAGACAGAUGGAACAAAAACACACCGCGGAAGAUGCAUCCUCUAGGGAUAUUACCGAUCGGCCAAACCCUAUCGGGAUCCUCCUUCCCGGACGUAUGGCUGGUGAAACGAGCCUCGAUAGUAGCCCGACUCUUCUUCCAUACAUGCAUGUGCCUCCUUGCCCAGAUCCAUCCUUUCAAAUCCCCUCAUGAAGGAGAGAUGCGGAAUAUGCUUGAGAACAACUCACUUCUCAUCUGUGGUAUCGUCGCACACGUCAAAGACCGCGGGGUCGCAAGUGUAGCACUCCGCUCUCUCGCCAUUGCCGCCGAAUGUCUGACCAGCCGGCGCCAACAGGAAGAAGUCCUCCAGAUCUUCACCAAGAUCCGCCAGGAGACAGGGUGGCGAGUGGGCUUCCUCAACGACGAGCUCAAGCAGAAAUGGGGUUGGAACGAACAACAGGACGACCAGAAUGUCGCCGCAGCCGCAGCCGCCGCCGCACAACUCCAGCAACACCAGCAAAACGAGCAACUCAGCCAUCAACAACAGAUCCCCGCGCCCCAAGUCACCGUCCCACCGCCUGCGCCGCCAGGCCACGCGCCCCCGUUGUUCCCGCCCGGACUCAUGAACCCCCUCCUCGCGACCGCAGACUUCAACCACUCGAACCACCCGUACCCGGCGCACUACGUUCCCCCGAAUCCAGCAUACCAACCAGCCGUCCAGCACGUCCAGGCUCCCAGCUAUCCGAACCACCUUGAUCAAGCGGCCGCGGCGGCGGGAUUCGCGGCACAGAGCCAGGUUCAGCAGCACUUUGCGGCCCAGCAGAACGCGAGUGCCGCUGCGAACUACUACGCGCAGCAAUGAUGAUGUUACGC